AUGCAAUCCUACCUCCAAAACAAGCGCCUCGGCGGUUUGGUGGAGGGCUAUCUUCAACAGGCCCAGAAAGAAGUUGACCGGCGGCAGGUGACGCCAGGGUUGGAAAAAGGAGAGCAGGCGAGAAGCGAUGCCACACUGCCGGUUGCCAGCAUCCAGGCGCCAAUUGACAAUGGCGAGGGGCGUCCUGGCCAAAAAGCAUGCCCCAUUCAGUCAUCCCUUGUUAGGGAACUGCGUGGUGUAGUAGAGCAAACUCGAUCGUUGGCAGAUGGGUCAACCGAACAAAUACUACUGGUAGAUUGGGAAGGGCCUGAUGACCCGAUGUGUGCUCGAAAUUGGAGUAUAAGCAAGCGUGCUUUGGCUACGGCUCAGAUCUCGCUCAUCGGAUUUGCUGUUGGAGCGACUUCUGGAAUCGAUGCGACUAUUAUCCCACAAGCUGCAAAGGAAUUCGGUGUGAGCCAGGUUGUAGAAUCUGUUGCUAUAGGGAUUGGCACUGGCUCGCUUGUCGCUGGACCUUUCUCUGAAACGUUCGGAAGAAACGCCGUAUACGUUGUGUCGAUGAUUGUAUUCAUGUGUUGGAUCUUAGGCACAGCUCUGGCUCCUAACAUUGCCGCCCAGAUCGUUUUCCGAUUCCUCGCUGGGUGCUCCUCGUCUACUCCGAUGGUUUGCUCUGGAGGAUCUGUCGCCGAUAUGUGGAACAGCUUGGAGAAGACUUGGAGUUUCCCCUACUACACAACGCUUUCGUUUGUGGGGCCGAUGGUAGGAUCGAUCAUGGGGGCAUACAUUGGACCGUCUUCCCAUAUUUUGAGCUGGCGCUGGGCUGAAUGGGUGAUUCUCAUUCUUUCCGGUCUCGUUCUCAUCUCUGUUGUGGUGACAAUGCCUGAAACCUAUGGGCCAUUGAUUUUAGAGUGGAAGGCUGCCCACUACCGUCGAAUUACGGGAGACUCACGUUUCCGCUCUGAGCAUGAGAUUGAAGACUCAACCUUGUUCAGUCGUUUGAGAGUGAGCAUGACCCGGCCGUUUCUCAUGAUAACGGAACCAAUCAUCAUAGCCAUGACGAUGUACCUAUCUGUUCUCUAUAUUGUGCUCUUCACAUUUUUGGUGGGCUGGCCAUAUAUUUUUGAACGCACUUAUGGUAUUGAUCAAGGUUUGGCACAUAUCAUCUUCAUCUCUAUGAUGAUAGGGACUGUGAGCCCCGCACUUUUGGUCCCAUUCGUUUACAAGAAGACAGCCAAGGUUAUAAAGCAAGCUCAAUCACAGGCCGAAGGCGGGAACAAGAAUGCGAGAUUCCAUCCUGAGAUUCGUUUGUGGUACGGCAUGCUCGGUCCUGCAGUGGCCGUCCCAGUAUCCUUAUUUUGGAUGGGUUGGACUAGCUAUUCUGACAUCAGUAUCUGGUCACCAAUCAUAGCAUCCGGCUUUUUUGGGUUUGGAGUUACGGGAAUCUUCAUCUGCGCAUACAUGUACAUCAUUGACUCUUAUGAGAGUUACUCCGCCUCAGCGCUCACUUUUGUGGCAUUGACUCGAUAUGUCAUUGCUGGGGGGAUGACUGUAGUUGGCAUCCCAUUUUAUGAAAAUAUGGGCACGCACUACACGCUGACAAUCCUGGGUUCGAUUUCAGUCCUCCUCAUGCCUAUUCCCUACUUACUCUACUUCUUUGGACACCGUUUGAGAGAGAAGAGUAAGUACGCGGUUGCGUUGGACUGA